AUGGGAAGCAGGACCACCGCAGCCACUGUGACAGUGACAGGCCGCAACGCUGCUGCCACUUGUGAUGCUUCGUCCCUUGCCGACUACACCUCCUCCGUUCAGCUCUCUUCCGACCUGACCCUCCACUGGAAGACAGCAAGUGCCACCAAAGUCAACCUAGCCCUGGAGGCAGCAGCAGGCAGCACAGCAGCAGCGGGGUGGUUCUCCCUGGCAUGGUCGGCAGACGGCCGCAUGGCCCCCGCUGAUGCUGUCAUAGGAAAUCUGCCUGGGGGGGCUGUGGCGGCUUAUUACAUGAGCGGCUAUGCGAUGAGUGAUGUUCAGCCUACAAGCAGCUUCGAUAUUGGCAACGCGGUUCAAACUACAUCGGCUUCUGGCUCCACUGUUAUCGAGUUCUCCCGCAUGACAGGUGAUGGAGCCGUACCAGUGAAUGUUGGCGGCAGCAACACACUCAUCUGGGCCUUCUCAGAGGGCGGCUCCCAGACCCUGGGGUUCCAUGGAGAGAACGACGCCACCAAAGUCAAUCUGGCCCUGGAGGCAGCAGCGGGCAGCACGGCAGCAGCAGGGUGGUUCGCCCUCGCAUGGUCUGCAGACGGCCGUAUGGCCCCUGCUGAUGCUGUCAUUGGGAACCUGCCUGGGGGGGCUGUGGCGGCUUAUUAUAUGGGCGGGUAUGGGCUGGGCGAUGUGCAGCCUACAAGCGGAUUCAGUAUUGGGAGUGGUGCGGCGCUGAGUACCAGUGCUAGUGGCUCUAAAGUCAUGAAGUUUUCUCGCACGCAGAGCGAUGGCUCCAUACCAGUCAAUGUGAACGGCUCCAACACACUCAUCUGGGGAUACUCCCAAGGCGGAUCACAGACUCUCGGCUUCCACGGAGAGAAUGACGGUGCGCUCACCCUGGACUUCUCAUGCGCUACCUCGUCCACCGGUGGUGGCUCUGGCGGUGGCAUUGGUGGCGGUGACAACAACGGUGGGGCUGGUGGAGGGGGUGUGGUGGGGAUUAUGCAGUUGGUGGGUGGGGUGGCAGUGACUGGGGUGGUUGGUGGAAUUGGCCGGGCUGGUGGUAGUGUGCUGACAUGUACCGAUUUGCCUGCCGUCAUGCCAAUUGCUUCCCCUCCAUCCUUCUCACCACCCAUCAUGACCCUCACGGCUCAUCAGGCCUCUCUUCCGUUAGGAACGAGCGUGGUAGUGGCAGCAGUGGUGGGGGGUGCAGCAGCAGCGUCCGCAUGCCUCUGGUUCUACUCCUCGCGAUAUGUGGGGGAGAUGGCUCUCAUCAAGGCACCUGCUGCUGCUGCUGGGAAUGGGGAUGGAAAUGGGCAGCAGUGGAGGGUGUGUAUCAGCACGCUUGACUUCUGGGGCAACAGAGACGUGAGUGGGCAGUGGUGGUGGGGAGGGGUGCAGCAGCAGCGUCUGCAUGGAGGUGAUGCCCUGGUGCCGCCACUCAAGGGUCUAUCCCAGCAGCACCUUAAAGCCAUUGCACACCACAGCUUUGUGCCUCUUGAUGUGCCCUCCCAUCGACAGUUCCUGCUGAGCAUAAGGCACGGCCGCAUCCCCAACCUCCCGCUGCUGCUGGCACUGCUCAAAGAAGAAGACUGGGAAAGGGAACUGCACCACUAG